AUGUGUUGUAGUUGUAGCUACCCUCAUUCAUGUAGUUCUCCUAGUAAUAAAAAAAAAAAAAAAAAUUUAAAGAGUAACCCAUACUAUCACGAACCCGUAAGGUCCGUCAUAUCUGAGUCAAAUUGUGCAAACCCAAGAUGUUUAGGUGAUGAUGAAAGCUUUAUUGAUAUAAGCAUUUUAAAAAAUAAUUAUAGCUAUGAGGAUUUAAGGACUAGACGAUUAAGAUCAGGAGCUAAAAAUUUCCUGGAUAUGAUAGAACUAAAGACUAGCUAUUCUAGUCCAGUAAAAGAAAAGAAGGAAACUACAGAAUCUAACGAAAAUAAAGAUUCGACUGAUGGCAUUAAGGAUAAUAUAGAAGUAAUUGAAAAAAUUGAAGAUGAAAUUUUUUUGUCAAAAGAAGACGAAGAAAAAUUGAAUGACCAAAUUAACGAAUUGCGUGAGAGAUGCUCUAAUUUGUCAAUUCAGUUAGAUCUAGAAGACAUAAACGAAUUAAUUGAUCAUUUAAAUGACAGUCCAUCUGUCGAAGACGUAAGUAAUUUAUGGUGGCAGUUACAAGGGUUGAAAAAAUAUCCCUAUAUUUUGGAUAUAAUUAAUUUAAAUUCAAUAUAUGAAAAAUUACUAAAAAAUCUCAAUAUGGAAGAAAACAAUAAUACAUCUCGGAUAUUGCAAAAUAUGUACAAAAAUGUAUUAGAACGUUUAGUAGAUGAAGAAUAUUUUUAUAAUAGAAAAUUUCUUGAUUUAAUUAAAGGAAAAGGUUUGACGAAAGAUGCAUUUUUAUCUUUAAUUAAUGAUAGUAUUAAUUCGCUAAAAGAAGUUAAAACAGAACUUUAUGAAAGGAGCAAUAAAGAAUUAAUGGACUAUAUGGAAAAGGUAGAUAAAGAAAAAGAAGAGAAGGAAAAAGAAGAGCAGAAAAAAAUAAAGAAAGAAAAAGAAGAGAAGGAAAAAGAGCAGAAAAGACUAAUUAAAGAAAAAGAAGAGAAGAAAAAACAAGAGCAGAAAAAAAUAAAUAAUAAAGCUUCCGAAAAAAUAACUAAAGCAAAUGCGAAAUUAAAAAAAUAA